AUGAGUGACAAACAAAAAGGUUCAUCAAGCUCUACUAAAGAUGUUCAAUUAAAUAGUAAUCCCAAUGAGGAAUUAAGUGGUGCAAAUCUUGUAAUGCCGAAAGAUUUAAAAGCUACUUGGGCUGAUGGAUAUAUCAAGUGGUGGUCCAGUACAGACCAAGAAUGGAGAAGAAGUGGUGUAGAUUCAUGGAAAGGCAAUGGAUUUGUUUGUUUAAAAAGAUUCAACGAUUCCGCGAAUAUGACGAGCGAAUUUUUUGAAGAGGGCCUUCGUCCUAAAAUCAAAAAUCGAGUUCCUCAGCUGCUCUUGGAUUUGGUGAAUAGUUGCUUAGAUGCAGAACCUAACAAUCGGGUAUCCGCUAAAGAAUUGACUGAUAUUUUGACUCAAUAUUAUAAAGAUGUGCACGUUAAAAAUAAGGAGGCAAAAAUUUAUCAACAAAUCGAAGCAAUUGAAAAAUCUACUGAGUCUUCGGGUUACAAACCAAACAAAUCUACCAGACUAAAAUCUAAACAACUUGAACUCGUGAUUCCGGACUCUAAUGAUUACACAUUCGAAGAUGAAGAUAACUAA